GCUCAUAUGGUGACAAACAAUUUUGGCAAGGCAUUAACGUAACAUUGGGAAGGAAAAAAAUACCUGCUGAACGCGGAUUCGCAUAAUUUCAACACCCCUCUAUUUUAAAACCAUUUAAACUAUUUAAAUAAUUUGUAGAUAAAAAAAAAAUAUAUAAUUUUUUAAGGAAAAAAAAAAAAAAAAAGGAAUGCUAUUUCAAUCCUGCCAUGUAAAUUAAUAUAUGUUUAUAACGCCGUUCCAGCAACGCCGUAUUAACUUUAGCGUACCUUACUGAUUCAACAUUUCAGCGUUUAGUAAGUAGUCCUUUUUUUGCGAAACGCAACUUAUCCAGCAACUUAUACAAAGAAAUCCAAAAUGGCAGUAAAAAAAGUGGGAAAAAUUGUAAAGAAGAGAACAAAGAAGUUCACUCGUUUUCAGUCGAACAGGUUUAUGCGUGUUAAGCCCGCAUGGAGAAAACCAAGAGGUAUUGAUUGUCGUGUCAGGAGAAGAUACAAAGGAACGAACUUAAUGCCAAGUAUUGGCUAUGGAAGCAACAAGAAAACGAAAUAUUUGUUACCAAAUAAUAAGUACAAAUAUAUAGUAAGAAAUGUGAAAGAAAUGGAACCCUUAAUUAUGAACAACACAAAGUACUGUGUGCAAAUUGCUCAUAAUGUUUCCAGUAAAAAGAGAAGAGAUAUCAUUGAGAGAGCCAAACAAAUGAACGUAUCUGUUAUUAAUGCAAAGGCUAAAUUACAAAAAACGGAAGAGUAAACCGAAUUUUCGCGCGUUAUGUGCCUAUAUGUUGUCUGUAUAUACCCUUUAUGCUUAUCGCGCAAUAUUUAUUUUUAUUCCUUUUUGCUUAGUAAUUCUUUUUUUUUUUUUCCCACAACUUUUAAUAUAAUUUAAAAAUAAACGUCGAACGGAGAAGCAGUAAAGCGGUAAAACGGUCACCGUAAAAAUGUAGCUGCAUAUAACGGUGU